UCUCACGUGCUACACUUGAAUGUCAGCACUCAGCGCCAUUGCCAAGGUUGGUCUUUUCUUCAGCUAAAUGACUAGAAGACCCAACCAGCUAACUGUACAUCGUCUCCUCCGUAUUCGCUCAUCUGAUUGGCCAUCACUUUCCGCAUAAUAUUUAGAAAACAACUUUGCUUUGGCCGAAGCAGCGCCCACAGUCUCCAUUUUCACCAAUCAGAACUCGGGAGCUUUGACACUCUCUUUCUCUCUGCUUUCACACUGCUAACUCUCUGUUUCAUAUAUAUAAGCAGUACAAAAUAAAUUCAAAAGAGUUGGCAUAUUUGUAUUCAUUUUUUUCACGCUCUCUCUCUCUCUCUCUGGUCUUUUUGCUUUUGCUUUACCUUCCCAAGGGACUAUAAAAGCAAAGUAAAAAAAGCCAAAGAUUUCCCCACUUUUAAAAUCCCAAUUCUCUAGAAGCUUUCUGUUUUUCCUCUGUUUUCUUUUGUCUUUUUUCCCCUUUCAUGGAUUUUCAGUGUUUUUCAACCUGCAAGUGUUUUAAUCUAUGAUUUAGGUUUUUGACUUUUUUAUCUGUAUAUUGAUUUUCUUGUUUUAAUUUGUUGUUGUUGAAGUUGUUGUAUGUGAUUUUGGAUCUGAUAUGGAUGUCUAGGAUUUUUCAUCUAUGCAUCAAGAUCUGCCUUUUCAUUUUCAUUUUCAUUUUUUUCUACUAUUUCUCAGAUUUUCCGUGGGCUUUAGGAGGUUGUUCUUUUUGAGAUUCCGCAAUUAAUCUUUUGUGAAAAAGGCUUCUUGGAUUCCAUUUAAAUGCUUUCAUGAUUUGAUACUUCUUUGGUCAUUUAAAGCAGCCACUUCUCUGCAUUUUUCUAUCUUGGUUUUUUUCUCUCUUUGAACAUUUCAUUCAAAGAGGGAGAAAAGCAAAGGUUUUUUUUUUCCUAUACGGGCAAAUCAUCUUUGGCGAUUAGAUAACUAGAAAAAGAAUAAUGAUGAAUAGGGGACUUGAAAUCCUCUCUCCAGCCUCUUAUUUACAGACUUCCAAUUGGUUGUUUCAAGAGAGCAAAGGUACUAAAUGGACUCCUGAAGAGAACAAGUGUUUCGAAAAUGCUCUGGCUUUAUAUGAUAAAGACACCCCUGACCGAUGGUUUAAGGUGGCAGCCAUGAUUCCUGGGAAAACAGUUGGAGAUGUGAUCAAACAGUACAUAGAAUUGGAAGAGGAUGUUAGUGAUAUAGAGGCAGGGCUGAUACCAAUUCCUGGAUAUAGCGGUGAUUCUUUUACAUUGGAGUGGGUUAACGACAGUCAGGGCUUUGAUGGAUUUAGACACUAUUACACUCCAGGUGGAAAAAGAGGAACAGGGACUCGACCUUCUGAUCAAGAAAGGAAGAAAGGGGUGCCAUGGACUGAAGAAGAACACAGGCAAUUUCUAAUGGGGCUUAAAAAGUAUGGUAAAGGGGAUUGGAGAAAUAUUUCACGCAAUUUCGUGACAACUAGAACACCAACACAGGUGGCAAGUCAUGCUCAAAAAUACUUCAUCAGGCAGCUGACCGGAGGGAAAGAUAAGAGGAGGUCCAGUAUCCAUGAUAUUACAACAGUUAACAUUCCCGAUCCCCCCUCUUCUUCACCAGAUCACAGCAAGCCUUUGUCUCCAAAUAAUUCUUCUGCAGUCAUGCAGCCACAGCAGCUACCGAAAGUAGCUGGGGUAACUAAAGAGCUCUUUGAUUUUGAGUGGAAGCUGCAAAAUGAAGGAGCAGCUAUGGUUUUCAACCAGACGAGUGGUAUCAAUACCUUCCUGUCCCCUUUCUGUGGGAUUUCUUCAUAUGGACACAAGCUGGAAGAACAGAAUACUCUAAAAGGAACUCUUCCCAGAUCUCAAUUUGGAUCUUACAACACUCUUUUCCAGAUGCAGUCAAUGCAACGUCAGUAAAUUCAUUGAUAAAGAGGGAAGAAUUUCUGAAGGUAUUAUCAUUAAUUAAUGAGUUGAAGAUCAAGCCUAGCAGUGAUGUCAGCUAGCUUUGUCCAUGCCACGUGUAUAUCUUGAAGAUGCAAAUUUAGUCCACACUUAUUCACUCUAAAGAGAGAUCAGUUAGGUGGUUUUAUGAUUUAUCAUUAAAAUUUUGGAUCAUUGAACCAAAAAAGAAGCUUAUAUGAAGCUUGGGACUUUUAUUAAUUUUAGUCGUGCGUCUGCAUUAUCUGUCUGUUGUCACCAGUUAUUCUUAGAUUAACUGCUUGUGUUCUAUUGAUACUGCAUCCUCUGCAAAAUGACAGACUGUACUAUAAAGGCUUAAAACUUGAUAAUAGACUCCAAUAAUUCAGAUUUCCUUGCUUCAACUGUGAUUAUACACUUCACAUCAUAGACAAAGUGAAGAGAAAUCAAAGGAUCUUCUUUAGUCUUUUAGCCACAAGCCUUUUAUCUUCUUCUUGCUUAUGAAUUGCAUUUCCUAAGGCUGUUAUAUCCAAAUUCAGUCCUAAGCCAACUUCCCAUGCUUUUUUUUGGGUUGGGGGAGGGCUGGAGCAGGAGGAGGUAAGGGAAUAUCCAAAAAUCUUUCUAUGCUUCAAAGGCGAAAUUAUUUUGUGGUUUACAUGGAUGUACAUCAACCAAAGUGGAAGCAGUUGGUUUGGACAAUAUGCCAUGUCAACUGUUGCUUAGUCCGAGUCAUUAUGCAUGCUUUUUAAGGAUAUGAUGGCUUAAUGACUCUGCUUAAUGCUGAUGUCUUUUUGGUAAAUUCGGGUUUAUAUUUUAAUGGAAAAUUCCUUCUUGCCAAAAAAACAAAAAAGAAAGAAAAUAGUGGUUUAAUUAGUUGACUCAUCUUGAUAAUAAAAUUUUGACUGAAGCCUAGACUAGGAGCCUCUAAUUUAAGCAUCUCAUUCUUCAUUCCACCUAUCUUUGUUCCCUUCAAGAAGAUGAGACGGUCUAUUACUUUUUCUUUGCUCGCCGGUUCUAUACUCAAGCAAUGGAGGAUUGCUAUUGAAUAGAUGUAUUAGUCAUCACUAAUAAUCAAAUUAAACCAUCCACGUUUUUGUUCCUAAGAUUGUUUAUGAUCAUUCCAUCUUUCAAAAUUGACUGACUAUUUGCCAAGGAAUUCUUGAUUCUUCAAACCCCUUUUUUAUGGUCAUUGAAGGAAUCUUAGAUUAAUGAUUCUCAAGUAUGUCUAGGCCUUGGUGAUGAAAGAAGUGCUUGGAAGUCUCUUUCUCUGUUGUCUGUCUACAUUCUGUGCUUUCUUCACAACCCCCGGCAAAUGGGCUUCUUUCUUCUUCUAAUACAGUGGGAUUGGAAUUUUAAUUGAUCAUGCAGAGCAUAU